AUGCAAGCAAAGCCCAGUGCCAAGUCGCCUCUCCUCAUUCCCCUGCUCCCGCACCAGAGCGCCCAGCCAGAGUAUCUUGGCCUCAUCGAGGCGCAAAUCCUCCCAAAGAACAAACCGCGUCGAGCCAGUCACACACCGACGCGAUGGCUCGUCUGCUGUGUUCUAGCGCUCUUAUGGGUCCUUUCUUCGCGUCGAAGCUGGAAGAAAGCACAGGGCACCAUGGCUCCGUUUUUCGUCAACAUAACCGACCCUGGUGACCUCUGUGUCGCACCGGCAGGGCCCUCGGUGUCCCAUUCGGGAUAUAUCGGGCUGAAGGGCGACAACGAAGAAACGCCAAAGAGGUCCUUUUUCUGGCUCUUCGAAGCGGAAAAUGACUCCGAGAAUGCGCCAAUUAUUUUGACAAUUGGUGGCGGUCCCGGAACAAGUGGAAUGUCCAAUCCAAUGGCGGUCCAAGGUCCUUGCGUCGUUGUUGAGAACGGGACUGCAUCGAAUCCAAAUCGAUGGACUGAACACUUCAAUCUCCUUGCUCUUGACCACCCCAUCGGUGCCGGUUUCUCCUUCGGAACGAUGGUCAACAAUAGUCGCGACGCUGCUGUCGACGUGUAUGACUUUCUUCAAAAGUUCUACAAAGUCUUCCCUCACCUUGCCAAGAAUCAACUCGUCCUUUCGGGCGGCUCAUACGGUGGCAUCUAUGUCCCCCACAUCGCAACCGUAAUCCACGAGCAAAACCUUCUUAUCGCCAAGAACCGCGGUCAACCCGGCGCAAUUUCGCUCAACCUUGAAUCCAUGAUGGUCAGCAACCCAAUCUCGGACGCGGCUUCGCACUUCCGCUGGAUGCUCCAGUCGCGAUGCUACCUCUUCGACAUGUACAACUCGACCACAUGUACCGAGUUGUUUGAGGUCCUCCCCGUGUGUCUCGACGCCAUUGCCUACGCCCAACAAACGGAAGAAUGGAUUCCUGAGAGGCGCACUGCCGCGAUUGAAACUUGUGGCCAGCUGGCGAUGGGCGAUACGCAUGGAACAGUUGUAGAAGAUACACGCAAAAAAUGCUACUCUAAGGAACCAAUGGGCUGUCUUGCCCCGUCCUUUUUCUGGAUGGAGGAUCUCUUCCAUCGUCCGGAUGUCAAGGACGCAUUGGGUGUUCCUGAGCAUGUCAAUUUCAAAUUCGUCAACGAAGACGUGACGAGGGAGUUCAUGACCUACGGUGAUAUUAUCCAAUCAUCUUACCUGCUCUAUGCGCCGCUUCUGAAAGCAGGCAUCCGUCUCCUUCACUACGUCGGUGCCCAGGACGCCAACUGUGCCUGGCCCGGUGUCAUCUCCUUCCUGAAACUCAUCCAGUCGCCCUUCCAGCAGCAAUUCCUCGCAAGCCCCGACGUCCCAUGGCCCACACCCGCCGACAAAACCACUGCACGCGUCGUCGGCUCUGGCGCCGGCAACUUCACAUGGAUACUAGUGGACGGAGGAGGUCAUUUCAUUGCAAAGGACCAGCCUGUGCUCGUGAAGGACAUUGUGCAGCGCUGGAUUCACAACGUGCCGUAUUUCGGAUGA